AUUCCAUCUCCAUCCCAAACACUGCGACUUGUUUUAAAUAUUAUGGACUUGGGACAAAGUCAGGUCUUCUAAUUAAUUGGAUUACCAACUUGGGACACAGUAAGGCUAAUUACAAUUGAAUUAUGGACUUAAUUACAAAGUAAGGUUUAUACUAAUUACGCUGAGAAUAUCAUGGAAUCCCUGGACUUUGGUUCCAUCUUCCUCUCAUAAUUGCCACGUCUUGUUUACUUCCACCUGUGUUAUUUGGAAUAAGAUUGGUGGUGCUUUCGAUAAGACAAGUUUUUAUUGGGGAUAAAACUUGUAUUCAGGCAGGAUGAUGGAAUAAUUCCAUUAUUUCUGUUGGAACCAAUUGUCUUAUGCAAUGAAGAAUAAGUUAUGAGGUUUAAUUUUGUCUGUAAAUUGGCUCUUUUUGUAAACCUUUCUCCUCCUAACACUCGCUCUGUUGAAUGAGACGGAACCACUAACUGUGACCAGUAUUAAACAUUUAAUGCCAAAUUGGUAAACAUGUACGGAAUAAACAACCAAAAUAUUAGCAGUUCGGAGUCUAAAGACUUGGAGAAAUUCCUGCGGAGUUUUUCAAUAAUUGCAGUGCAGGCCAUUGUCCAGUCUCGGUUGGGGGAAAGGAUCCAAACUAAAAAUUCUUCACCUUCACAAUAUUGGUUUUCUCCCACUUUGAAAGAUGUGCCAGAAUUGAAUCGACACGCUCGAAGUUUUACAACUGGUUAUCAACCUCUCUCGGGACAAACUGUGUGUGUUGAAAUUUCUCUUAAAACCACCGAAGGGGAUUCUAUGGUUUUGGAAACAUGGCACAUGGGUCUGAAGAUGUCCAGUGACAAUAAAGAGAACCAGGAUCGGGAAAACAGAGUACCACAUGUCCUUUAUUCAAAGAUGUGUCUAGCCUUGCGGUCGUUAAUCUACACUUCCCGAAUCACUCCUGGUUACACAUUAUCUCGAAAGCAAGGCCCUGAUAAUUACAUUAUAUGUUACAAGAUAUACUAUGGCACACCUCAGUUGCAUGAACUGGGACCAGAUCAUCAAAGGUUAAAAGCAGGACGAUUUCCAACGUCAAUGGGGAUUAUGUCCAUUAUUGUUGAUUAUCGAACAAAUAUGCAGAUUUCUCAGCAUAAAACCACAAAACAGAUUGCUAUUGAAAUGAAAGAUGACCAUUACAAAGCUGAAACUGGGAGUCCUCGUAAAAGCACAGCUCCUCGGCCGUGCCAUCCGGGGCACAGAAGCUCUGACAAAGAAAAUGACUACCUUGACGAACGAGUGGUCGGUGCUUUCGCCAGUGAUCUGCAUUAUAAUCUGAACAAAACUCGCUCCAAUGCAAUGGAGGACAUCCCCUUCAUAACUCUCUUACAAAAUGCUAACAAACCUCCCCAACAGAGUUGUAGUCCCUCAGCAAUAUCACACAAUUCAGCAGCCGAAGACCUGGUAGCGAGCUCGGAAAGUGAGCCGGCCGUUUCAGACCACUUAUUACAACAAUACGGAAACGGCACUACCAGUGAUGACGAUGACGACGAUGACGAUGAUGACGAAGAAAACUGCAAUAAAGAAGGAUUUGUUUUAAUUGAUUCAAUUCCUCCUUUUGCUGGUGAAGACACUUGCAGUGAUUUAUGGCGCUGCUACCAAGAGACACAAGGAGUACCUGCUCUGUCGAUAUGCAAAGAGGAGUUUACACUAGCUGAGACACUGCAGGAUGUGACCAAUCAACUACAAGCUUUUGAAACCAAUUCUAGGGACUUUGAUGAUUUUGUAAACGAGUUGGCGGAAAAGGAAUAAUAUUCACUACUUAACAAAUAUUUUGAAAAUAGGAACAUUUAUCAAUGACAAAUAAAUGAUUAUCAGGCAAUCGA